AUGGCUUUCUCUCCAGCGCCAUCAGCAGUGAGAGUUAUUGUGGUCACAGCUGUCUUCACCUGCUUUUCCUUUGCAUUUGUUGGGCUAAGAUUGGUUUCAAGAUUUGGGUUCACAAAAUCGGGGAAGCGCGAUGAAAUCGCUAUUGUUGGAUCUUUGGUAAGUUUUCAUAUCACUAUUCCUUGAUUCUAACAUAAUUCGCGACUCGGAAUAUUGAUGCUAAUAUAGGGUAGUUUGCUGCUAUCGCGGUUCUGGUGUUAACCGUUCGAGGUGUGCUACUUACGAGAACCAAACGUUGCGUCCGAAAAAAGUGGCUGACUUGA